GCUUCACAAGUAGAAUAAAUCUAGCUUCUUCCCUUUGCAUGGAUAGUCCUCAGCUGGUCAAUGCCCUUUCCAAUAGUACAUAAAUACUGUCGCUCUCCCUGCUAUUUGGAAGUGUUGCAGUGAGUGUAUUGGACAACACUGUAUUCACUCAGCUUCAGACUGAACUCAGUGGGAGCCUCACUGAAGAGCAGCAAAGGAGGUAAGUCAAGGAGUUGCUAUGAUGCCCCCUUUUUCCAGUUUCUGUUUCCUUCUCCUCUUUUCAUUGACAUCCACUUCUGCCACUGAAGAUGACACUGUGGUGAUCACCAACAGUGGCCCUGUCAAGGGCAAACUUCUCCCAGGGGGUUCUGGUUCUGUAACGGCCUACCUGGGUAUCCCCUAUGCUGAGCCUCCCUUGGGGAACCUGCGUUUCCAGAAGCCUCAUCCACAUCAGCCAUGGAGUCAAGUCUUGGAGGCCACCAACUUUGGUAAUGCCUGUCCCCAGUUCACUUACCCAGAUUUCCCAGAUUCAGACACAUGGGCUCCCAACAGACCCCAGUCAGAAGACUGCCUUUUCCUCAACAUCUGGGUGCCCCAACCACAGCCCUCCAUGCCAGCUCCAGUUCUUGUCUGGAUACAUGGAGGAUCUGGGUUUUUCACUGGCACAGCUUCGCUGGACUUGUACAAUGGGGCUUCCUUAGCUGCAACUGAGAAUGUCAUUGUGGCCUCCAUGAAUUACCGCCUGGGGGCUCUGGGCUUCCUUUCCUUGCCACCAGCCAUCCCAGGAAAUAUGGGCCUGUGGGAUCAACAGCUGGCUCUGACCUGGAUCAAGGACAAUGCAGCUGCUUUUGGUGGAGAUCCCAACCGGAUGACCCUUUUUGGCCACAACAGUGGAGCAGUGUCUGUGGGUUUGCAUCUCCUUUCCCCCAAAAGCCAGCCACUUUUCAGUCAGGCUAUCCUGCAGAGUGGAGCAUCCAAUGUCCUCUGGGCAUGGAAGAGUCCUGAGGAAGUUAAGCAGAAAACCCUUGCCUUCAGCCAGCUUCUAGGCUGUGUGGAAGGUGACAAAAAUGCUGUAUUGAGCUGCCUAAAGGAAAAAAAUGUGACGGAAUAUGGUCAGCAUGAGUUAUCAAUGAUUGAGAAGAGUGAAUUCCUUCUAGAUCUCCCUUUCUUACCAACAACAGAUGAAGACUUUCUACCUGAUGAUCCACAAAAGCUCCUUCAGGCAGGACGCUUUCAGGUCAAACCAACUCUCCUUGGUGUAACCUCUGAUGAAGCAUCUGCCUUUGUGCUGUAUUAUUAUCCUGAUACCAGUCAUGGCUUAAUUUCUUGGGAGCAACUUCUGGAAGCAGCAAAAAAGACAAUUCGCAAGGCAACUGCUGAAGAUGUGCGGGCUGUGGCACUGAAAUACAGUGAAGAAGGUCAUGGUGCAGCACGGUACCGGUGGGCCAUGUCACAGAUGAUUGGCGACUAUGGGUUUUUUUGCCCAUUAGUUGAAUUUGCAGCAAAGAGCCAAGAAGCUGGGAGUCCUGUGUAUGCUUAUCUCUUCUCUCAUCACACUUUUGGCUCUGUGUUCCCAGACUGGAUUGGAGCACCCCAUGGAUCUGAGCUCCCAUAUGUGUUUGGCACUCUUGAGUCAGCAGUGGGUGUCAAUAAAACCUACACAGAGGCUGAGGCUGCAUUAAGCCAUAGGAUCAUGCAGUACUGGGCGGAGUUUGCCAGAAGUGGGGAUCCUACAAAGGCAGGGGCCAAGGAGGUAAAGUGGCCCCUCUACAAUGCUGCACAGCAGAACUUCUUUCUUCUUAGUACGGAGACUUCCCAAACUGUGCAGGUCUCACCUGCACGACACUGUGAUUUCUUGAAGCCAAACAAAUCCGAAGAGGGGUCUCUUUCACCAGGCAGAGAUGGCAAGAAGUCCCAUUCCCCAUAGUGAGCAUCUCCAUGUAAGGCCACCAGGCCUUGCUACAGCUGUAGGCAAUGCACAGACCAUGAAGAUAAAGAGGCAGAAAUGAAGUACAGAAAGCAGAAAUUAAUUGAUUGGCUUGUGAAGGAUUUAGCAGCAUUUCUGAGACCACAUUAGUAGAGAGGGGCAAAUAUUCACAAAUUUACAAGGAGAAUCUGAGUGGAACAGCCCAAAGGCCCAUCUUGUACAGCAUUCAGUGUCCCACAGUAGCCCAAAUUGUUGCCUGGAGGAAGCCCAUUACCACAACUGGAGUACCCUGAGUACCAUAGCAUCUUCCUAUUGUUAGUGACCAGCACUGAGAGGCAUACAGCUUCUGAUUCUGGUGUUGAUGGUAUGUCGCCAUCAUGACUAGCAGCCAUUUAUACAGCCUUAGUGAUACCUGGUCAGGAUUACCCUUAAGAUUUCUGGGCCAAACUCUGAUCUAGGGAUCACCACUUUGUGAUGUCGCAAGAAGAGAGACCUGUGAAGUUACAAGGGAGGUCUUCCAAAGGAACGCCCUGAUGGUUUCAUCAAACAUCAACCACAGUUGCACACUUUGCCAUUAAAUGCCAAGUCGAGCUAAUUUGAAAAAACAGAAACAAAACCCACAACAUACACAUACUUGUCAAGGUAGUGCUCUCACCCUGAUAUAUCUUCUCCUAAGAAUUGUAGAAGAGGGGCAAGGCUCCGAGACUCAGGCCAUAGCCUGAAAUCUCAGAAUUGACAGGUAACACCACUUUAACUGCAAUGGCUCCAUCCUACAGAAUCCUGAGAUUUUUAGUUUUGUGUUUGGCACCAGCAUGCUUUUGGAGAGAAGGCUAAAGACUUGGUAAAACUACAAAUCCUAGGCUUCCAAAGGAUGGAGCAUUUUAAGUGCUGGCAAACUGUGUUAUUUCUACAGUGUAGAUGCACCACUAUAUAGCCUCAUCCUUCAUGAUUGUUUCCAAUUUUCCUCCUGGUUGUCUUAUGGUAAAAUGAAGGAACUCAAAAUGUGAUGGAAAAACACACCGACACACAUAAACCAGAUUCAGUCAAGUUCAGACACCACUGGGCUAGUAAAUCUCGGCUCAUACUUUCAGUAGCAAGUUUUUGCAGUCAGGUCACUCAGUUUCUCAAGCUGGGAAAAAUUCUUUGGAGGAACAGGCAAAAUAGGUGCAGCAAGCAGUAGAGGAGUCUGAUCAACAUAGGACUGAACCCUAUGCUGCAAAUAAUCUAUUGUCAGUGCUGCCAGGUUUUCAAAAUAGCAAUAAGGGCAGUUGAAAUUUAUGACACGGAAGGUCGACAAUCAGGAAAUAGUUUUUAAGUUUACAUCUACCAAAAUACCAAACUAAAAUACUGAUUACAGUCAAUUUAGCCAAUCUGAAACCUCUGUAAAAUUAAUAUAUUGUCCACAUUAAUAAAUUACAUGAUACAGACAUUUUUGUCUUUAUGCAGGGCUCUCAUCAUCAAAUACAGAGUUUUGGGCAUCUCAUUCACUCUAUAUGAAAGGAAAAGCUUUUCUACCUUCAAAUAGGGUACAGGUCAUCCCUUAGCAAUGCUUGCCAUCUCUAUAAGGGACAAGCUUUCCAGACUACAAUUAAGGGACAUCCCAUAUAAAAAGGGAUGCUUGGCAACCCUAACUAUAGGCAUUCCCUUAUUCAUGAGUGGGUCAGCUCAUGCCCCUCUGUUAGUAACAGGCAAUAGGUGUUUCUUGCUUUCAUGAUCUUCCACAAACAGGUCAAGACAAUUCUCAAAAGCCUGAAGAAAUUACAAGCUAUUCCAGAAACCUUGCCAUGUUGAGCCACAAGCACUCAUUGCCUCUGGAGAAUUUGUUUGCUGUGAAUGUAAUGCUCUAAACCAUGCUCUGAACCAGAACUGAGUUAGGAAUCCACUCUUUGUGCAAUGCAAUCUCUUCAGCUUUGCCACUGAACUUCAAGCAAUGCAACUUUUCUACUGUCUCCAGAAGUCAUUUCCAGUAGGCUGCAUGUUACUGAGAAGCCAAAUAAAGAUAUCUUGAAAUUCA